AUGCCUCUCCAGGUUCUGCCACAAGCGGAGGACUGGACAACCAGCCUCAAGACAGAGCUUCCCUCAGAUCUAGAGCUGAGUGAGGAGCACCAACUGCAGAUCUCCAAGGAGUUGGUCGACCUGCAGAUCACAACGCAUCACCUGCGGGAGCAGCAUGAGGCUGAACUCUUCGAGCUGAAGAGUGAGGUCCUACGGCUGGAGAGCCGGGUGCUGGAGCUGGAACUGCAUGGUGAUUGUGCAGCCCCCCCAGAGGCUGGCCUGGGGCACCACCAGGAGCUGGCCCAGGGGCUCCAGCACAAGGCCUGGGAGCAGGGACACUCCGUCCACCACAGACCUCAGGCACAGCCUGAGGACUUCCUGAUCCCUAGGGAUGAACAGCAGAAGCUGGGGAACAGCCCGCAGGGAGAAUGGAAGCGGGUGCUGGAGCAGCACAAGGCCCAGAAGCACGCACUGGAGACACGUGUGGCAGACCUGGGCCGGCGACUGCAGGGAGCCCAACAGGAGGCCAGGACAGCUGGGCAGCGACUAGCCACACAAGCCAUGGUGUUGUCUGCCUGCCAAGGCCAGCUGCGCCAGUCUGAGGCAGAGAACGCCCAGCUGCAGUUGCAGCUCAAGAAACUGAACGAAGAGUAUGCCGUCCAGCUGCAGCGCUGUGCCCGAGCCGUGGCCGAGUAUGCAAACGGCGCGGGCCGGGAGCCGGCCGCGGCAGCCCUCCGCACAUUCCUAGAGACCACUCUGGAGGACAUGCGGGCAGCGCACCGCCGCCGAGAGCAGCAGUUGGCCCGGGCUGCUCGUGCCUACCGCAAACGCCUGGCAGAUAUGAGCCGUAGACACGAAGAGCUGCUGGCCGCCUGCAGGGCAGCCGGGACCCCCAAAGCUACUUUUGAUGCAGCCACCUCACACCUGGAGCCACUGUCUCUGCACCUGGUCUCCGAACUUGGCCACCCGGGAGCGCUGCUCUUGUUCCUACAGCAGGGGCCCAAUGAAGCCUCCCAGGGGGGCACGUCAGAGCCACAGGGCCAGGAAGCUGCAUCCUGGGCCCAGAUCCACCAGAAGCUCCAAGACUUCUCCCGUGGCACCCAGGCGGAGCUGGAACGCGAGCGGGCGCAGCUGCUAGUACGGGCCACGAUGGCUGAGGAGCAACUUUCUGAGCUACAGGAGUAUGUGGGCCAGCACCUCGGCAGGUACAGACAGGAGAUCCUGAGGCUGAGGAAGCUCAUGGGUACAGAGAACGCGUGGAAAGUGGGGGCCACAGCUCCCAUCAAGCCCCAGCACCCAAAGACCGGAAGGCGCUAG